AGCGGGUCGAGGUUCUGAGGGGGCUGAGGGGCAGCAGGGUCCGCUGGUGGCCGGGGCCAGCUCGGGGGGGCUCGCAGCUCGGCCCCGGUGCGAGCCCUGGGGGCUCUGGGGAGGCCGGGCUGAGCCAGGGGUGAGAGAAGGAAUAAAGGCAUCUCCUGACAGAGAUUAGGGAAUUAGGGAAACAGCAGGGUUGUAGACAGCUAUUGCUGCAACAGAUAAAAUUCUUCACUCCGUGUGUGUGUUUUUCAGCUGCUGAAAUGUGGUCUUUUAAAAGAAGUUCUGUUCAGGGCCGCGCAUCUGUGGCUGAGUUGUGUCAGCUCUGUGGGCCAGGGCUGGGUGGUUUGUACUGGUGGUAUUUAUCCGAAUCUUCAUUGCAGACAGUGUGUGCCUGGAGGGUGGCAGCCAUGGAGAAGUGGAGCCUGAUGACGAUCUCGGUGCUGCUGGCGCUUGCCGUGCGCUGGGCUGUGUCCCUGGGCUCCUACUCAGGGGCAGGAAAACCACCUAUGUAUGGAGACUACGAGGCUCAGAGGCACUGGCAAGAAAUCACCUACAACUUACCCAUCAGGCAGUGGUACUUCAAUACAAGUGACAACAACCUGCUGUACUGGGGCCUCGAUUACCCACCUCUCACUGCCUAUCACAGUUUUGUGUGUGCUUACAUUGCAAAGUUAAUAAAUCCUGAUUGGGUUGCUCUGCACACAUCUCGGGGCUAUGAGAGCCAGCCCCAUAAGUUAUUUAUGCGUACAACAGUGUUUGUUGCUGAUCUGCUGGUUUAUAUCCCUGCAGUUAUUUUAUAUUGUUUUUCCUUGAAAGAAACAUCUGCUAAAAAAAAGGUUUCCAGUGCUCUCUGCAUCCUGCUUUACCCAGGCCUCAUCCUUAUUGACCAUGGGCACUUCCAAUACAACUCAGUGAGCCUUGGCUUGGCCCUGUGGGCUGUCCUUUGUUUGUCCCAUGACUGGGACCUCCUGGGCUCCGUGGCAUUUUGCUUGGCCUUAAAUUAUAAGCAAAUGGAGCUCUACCAUUCCCUGCCCUUUUUUUGCUAUUUACUUGGAAAGUGCUUCAAGAAGGGACUGAAAGGAAAGGGGUUGGUGCUGUUGGCUAAACUGGCAGGGACAGUGCUGGUGUCCUUCGCUGCCUGCUGGCUCCCGUUCGGCACCGACGUGGAACAAAUCAUGCAAGUACUCAGAAGACUCUUUCCCAUUGACAGAGGCUUGUUUGAGGAUAAAGUGGCCAAUAUUUGGUGCAGUCUAAGUGUCCUUAUAAAGAUAAAGAAUGUAAUAUCCCCUCGAACUCAGCUGAAACUCAGUUUUGCUAUAACAUUCCUGAGCCUGCUCCCUGCCUGUAUCAAGCUCACUGUCCAGCCUUCCCUGCGAGGGUUUAAAUUUGCCUUGGUCAGCUGUGCCUUGUCCUUUUUCCUGUUCUCCUUUCAAGUCCAUGAAAAGUCCAUUCUUCUCGUGUCAGUCCCAGUCUGCUUACUCAUAAAUGAAAUCCCCUUCAUGGCCACAUGGUUUCUACUUGUGUCAACUUUCAGCCUGCUGCCCCUGCUGCUGAAGGACGAGCUGCUGCUGCCCUACGCCGUCACCACGCCCGCCUUCCUGGCCGUGUGCCUGGCCUCCUUCUCCAUCCUGGAGAAGACCUCAGCAGAGGACCUACAGCUCAAGGCCUUUUCCCUUUCCCUCAAGGGUUAUGUGUCCUGGUUUAAGUCCUUUCCCAGGAUCGUCAGGAGCCUGGCUUCUUUGUUGUGGAAAAAACACCGCCAGGCAACACUGCAUCCCUGGAAGCUCAGAGUGGAAAAGGGGCUCUGGAGUGGGAACUAGAAGGAUAUUGGUUCAGUUUUCCUACACUGCAACACUUCCCUAUAAAACAACAAAAAUUCCAUCUUUUCACAAGGAUUUAGGAUUUUCUGGGUGUGACUCUUAACUGUGGCAUGCAAGAGCUCUGCCCACAGCACGGCCUUUCUGCAAGUGUGGGCUGAGUGGCACUGAGGGGACAGAAAAAGGACACAAAAUAGGAGUCUUUGUCUCCAGAGGCUGUGAAAUCCCAAAGCCACCGUGUUUUCCCCAAGGAACGGCUGCCUGAGGAAGGGCUGUACCGUGGGACAGGGAAUUGAAGGUGGAUGGAAGCAGAGGGAGCCCAGGGUCUCAUUAGCCCCAGCAGAGCCCAGGCCCAUCCUUCCCGUACCCAAACAUUAGUUUUGGGUGUAUCCCUUUCCUUUGUCCUUGAGGUGGCCUCGGGGGGUGAUAAAGUGAGAGUCACCCGAUCCACCUUGUGUGGAACUGGAAAUGGUUCUUAACAGCCCCAGCUGCUUCGGAGGCAAAAGCCUGGUGCAGCAGGAGGUCACAGCCAGAGUGCUCAGAGGCUGGGCUGUGCAGGAGGGGCCAGCAGGAGCUCGCCGUGCAACUCCCAUCCCCCUGAAAACGCCCCAUUUCAUACCCGCCAUGGGGGAGUGUUCACUGCACUGCUGCCCUUCAGCACCUUUGCCAUUGGUUCCUGAACAAGUUUGGUGCUGUUCUUGCAGGACUGCCCAAAACAGCUCCAUUCAGACCAGCACGGUUGGUUCCAGACUCAUCUGGGAUCAAUCAUUAUUUCAUUUCCAGCUCCAGAGGUUAUAGAAACUCUGGCUGGCUCAGGGACCCUCGGGG